AAGGCAAAUCUCAUAUUUGACCAAAUCUGCUCGCAGCUGUUAAACACUAUUGAAUGCUUUCUCUCUCUCUCUCUCCCUCCCUCUCUCUCCUUUUCUUUCUCCCACAUGCGCGCGCCUCGCACACGCUCCCCCACGCAGCCGCGCGCGCACACGGAAACCUGCUCGCCAGUGCACUGCACAGGAGCCCCUGACAGUGCCCGUGCGUGCCUGCCUGUGAUCGCUGCCUGGCGUCUACUGCCGCUCCGCUGGAUGUUUGCGCAGAGAACAUUUGCCUCCGCCAGUGACUGCACAGAUCCCCGCCGCAUGACCCCGCUCGUUUAACUUUUGCAGCGUGUGACUGUUUUGUCGCGGAGCACCUGUUCCGACACUAUGUUUCCGUCUGGCGAAAAAACCCUGUAGAGCCAGGCGUUGUUUGACUUCCAACUUGGAGCUUGAUGGCACAGUUAUUUGUGACACGUCUGGAAAGUUGCGCUGCGUCAGGGAGCAUGGGCGCAAACUUUACAAGCUUUUUAAAAUCGAGUGGCAGUUUUUAGAAUGAAGGCAGGUGAGUCAGCCGUCGCGUAAGAGACGCGCAGAGCUCCACGGCUCUCCAGGUACUGGGAAGGGAAAGGCGACACGGAGGAAGUCGUGAUCUGUGCAGCGGAUUGCGCUACGGAGGACGGAGGGAACGGACCGAUGACAACAUGGGUCCACUGCUGUGUGAUGGACGACUGACACACCUCCUCUUUCCUCUCCUCCUCCUCUUGCGGGCUCCCCUGUUGUUCAGCUUUGGUGAGCGCACCUGCCCCAAUAGCUGCCGAUGUGAGGGAAAAACUGUCCAUUGUGAUUCAUCUGGCUUCUUAGAUGUCCCAGAAAACAUCUCAAUAGGCUGCCAGGGCCUCUCCCUGCGCUACAAUGAACUGCACACCCUGCUACCCUAUCAAUUUGCUCACCUCAGCCAGCUUCUCUGGAUAUAUUUAGAUCACAAUCAGAUUUCAGCUGUUGACAGCAGAGCUUUCCAGGGGGUCCGCCGGCUUAAAGAGCUAAUACUGAGCUCCAACAGGAUCGCAUCACUGCAUAAUUCAACAUUCCAUGGAAUUCCCAAUCUACGCAGCCUGGACUUGUCCUACAACAAGUUGGAAAUCCUGCAGCCGGGUCAAUUCCACGGCUUACGAAAAUUGCAAAACCUCCACCUACGCUCAAAUGGUCUGUCUAACAUCCCGAUUAGAGCAUUCCUAGAGUGCCGAAGUUUGGAGUUUCUUGAUUUGGGGUAUAAUCGAAUCAAAGCUCUUACCCGUACCACAUUUUUGGGCUUACAGAAGCUGAUGGAGUUGCAUCUGGAGCACAACCAGUUCUCUCGGAUCAACUUUUUUCUGUUUCCACGCCUAGCCAACCUGAGGUCACUGUAUCUGCAGUGGAACCGCAUCAGGGUGGUUAACCAGGGCCUUCCAUGGACUUGGUAUACAUUGCAGAAACUUGAUCUGUCGGGAAAUGAAAUCCAGACCCUGGACCCAGCUGUGUUUCACUGCUUGCCCAACCUUCAAGUUCUCAAUCUGGAAUCCAACAAACUGUCCAAUGUGUCUCAGGAGGCAGUGUCAGCAUGGAUCUCACUGACCUCCAUCAGCCUUGCUGGGAACAUGUGGGAUUGCGGAACUGGCAUAUGCCCCCUUGUGGCUUGGUUGAGGAAUUUUCGGGGCAGUAAAGAUACCACUAUGAUAUGCAGUAGCCCAAAGUAUCUUCAGGGAGAAAAGAUUAUGGAAGCUACAAGGAGCCAUGGUAUUUGUGAGGAGACUGAUUACGUCCUGACUGAAACACCCUCACCAAUGUCUGAGCUGAUUUCUGAAGCCACUGCUGAACCAACCUUUGCCCCCACUAGCGGCUCCCCACUUAUGCCACCAAGCAGCACAUUUGGUCCUCUCCCACCAUUUAGACCUCGACCUAUUCCUCAUCCUACCUUUCCAGGGCAUAUGAGCAAAGAUCCUAGAGACUCAGUUGCUCGCACUCGACCCACUUACACACCACCCCCAGAGAUGGAGCACAUGACUCUGCACAAAGUGGUGGUGGGCAGUGUGGCUCUCUUUUUCACCAUGUCCCUAAUCUUGACAAUUAUCUAUGUGUUGUGGCGGCGCUACCCGGGUGCAACCAGGUUGCUGCAGCAGAGAUCCAUGGUGGGGCGGAAGCGUCGCAAAAAGAGUCCAGAGCCAGAGCAGAACCUGAGCUCCCAGCUCCAAGAGUAUUACAUGAGCUACAACCCCGCUGCCACACCAGAGGCAUUGGAGGUGCUAGGCAAUGGCACUGGUUCCUGCACAUGCACAAUUUCUGGCUCCAGGGAGUGUGAGAAUGAGUAUACGUGUCCACGCCCCCUACCUGGUGCCUGGCUGGGAGAUGUGCCUACCAUCCAUUAACCACUCCCCUCAAAAUAACUCCUUUGGACGGUGCAGCAAACUGCAAUGAAACAGGGAUACUGGAGACACACAGAUGAAAACUGAUUAGGAGCCCAUUCCCAUUACCCACGUUAAAGAAUACAUUCAAAACGGUCCUCUACACUAAGGACAGCAAUGGACCAAGGAAUUUUCUUUUUAAUAAGAUUUUAUAACAUCUUUUUUUGGCUCAAGGUCUUUGGUCAUCAGCUUUGUUGCAUUUCAUCAUGCUUUCAACACAUAGAUACUAGACAUCAACGGCUGUAGACAUGCAGUCCUAUGGUGAACAGCGGAGCUUUGGAAGAGGACUCAUGAGCACUAAUGGAUGGUUCUAACCAACAUGGGAGCUUACUGUACAGACCAUAAUAGCUUAUUGUCUCCAUGAGGACAACGCGGCAUUGUUUUAAAAACACAGGCAAAUGACUGUACAAAUUAAAGAGGCUUUAAAAAGUGUAAACUGAGCAAUGAAACAUUAAUGAAAAUCCACUGAACAAGUAGCUCUGACCGCUCUGCUAACACAGCUGUGUAUAACUUAAAGUGGGAUUUUGCAUAUUUUGAUUCCAUAUGAAGCAUCAUGUUAUCAUCUUUCAAUAUUUCUUUUUUUUAUAUAUAAGAGAAGACUAAUGAAAGGCUAGGAUGAUGUAAAUGUGCCUCACUGGAGCAGAAAAAUUAUGAAAUGAGUCAGUGAUUUUGUGUGCACCUGUCAGUAAAGAGGAAUCUGCUCCAUCAGGUGGAAAUCGAGUCAGCAGCUGGAAGAUUGUUUGAAGCGUGUGAAAGGCAGCCAGAGGAAAGCAAACUAUCCCCCAGCCAGUGACAUUUGGUGAGGUUUUUUUGUUUUUUUGUUUGUUUGUUUGUCUUUUUAAAAAAAAGUUUUUCUAAGUUGUUUCUAAUUGCAAUCAAAGCUUGACGAUCUAGUUUGAUUUGAAGGACAGACAGGACAAUCAGAAGCAAAAGAGGGAAAAAAAAGAAGUAAAGCUCCUGUCAAGGGUAAAAUGUACUUUUCUGCAGUUGUAAUGUUGUAAUGUUGUACUUUAUGAAUAUGUGUUUUCUGCCAUUCUCAACACCAAAUACCAAAGAGCCAAACGGAGCAUUUUUUGGCUUCUGGCUCUCCCCAACCAUGGGUUGUCACAAAUCCAGGAUUUGUUCCCUUAAAAGAAAUCCACGAAAAAUCAAAAGAAGCCUCAACUCCUCUCACGUCCAGCAGUGUUCUGUUACUGAAAAGGCUUUUUUUCAUGUGUGUAAUGUGUAAGUCUUUGUGAACAAAAUCUUGCAAUGACAGUCUUCAUUAGGAAGCUCUUGUCCGAAAGAUAACUCUGAGCACUGCUUUACAUUUUAUGACUUAUGUUUAAUACAUGCUUCACUUUCCUUAAAAUAAUCAGCCUGUCUCUCUCCCCUCAAAGAGACUGCAGAUGUUGCCGUGCGCGGUUCUGCGUGUGCUUGUGUUUCAUCCAUUCUAAGUUCUUAAUUAUAUUUGAGACACAUUUAGUUGUGAAUUGUUUGUUUCAACCUUCAAACAUAAUCUUUCUAUGCCAGAAAAUGGUAAUUUUCUAUUGUAAAUUUCUGCUUUCCCCCUUGAAUUUGUUGAUAUUUAGUAAGCAGCUGUAUUCUUUGUUCACUUUCAACAGUAUGUUUUAUAAUGAAAAUAAUGACUUUAUUGGUGAGCAGUAUGAAUUGGUCAAAUUAAAAUAUUCAUUAAUCAUUU